UACUGUUUUGUAAAUACUGAAUAGCGGCAUUUGUUUAAAAAAAAAAAUGCUUCGUAUUUUCUCAAACUAAUCCGGUUAAAUUCAAAAUUCCAGUGAUUCUGUGCAUAUUAUCAAACAAUCCAGUGCAAAAACAUGAGUUCGGAUACACAGAUUAUCAAACUGAUCGAGGAAAUUUUGGGCGAAAAAAAUAAUGAUUUUGACUACGAAGGCCCUAUGGUGGAUGAGCUGGAGCUGCAGAAAAUUGCGGAAGAUGGGUAUAAAAAGUUCGCUACGGCAUUUGCGGCAAUGCCGCAAGAGCUGAAGGAGUCUUCGCUUAGGCAGUAUUUGAAUUAUGUCGCGGUUAUUCCGCACCGAAAUAAGGUACACAAACAUAUGCAGGUGCUGAACAAAAUUGUAGGGCUUAACAUCAUCCCGGCGCGGCUACUUUGCGAACAGAUUAUGAGUUCGGAAAAGUUAGUCUACCAAAAUCAAAGCUUCUGGAUUGAGUGUUUUCAGGUUGUUCGUAAAACAAUUGGUGGCGUCGAUUACAAGGGGGUCCGAGAGAUUAUGAAGUGUUGUAAGGAAAAGGCUCUCUCCUUUCCAUCGGCCAUUGGUGCCAGUAUUCUGCCUCAAAUGCUGGAGCUGACUGAGGUUAUUGAGCAUAUUUUCAAUCGGAAUGCUUGUUUGCUGCCUGCGUACUUUAUCAUUAAUGAAAUUCAAAAGCCGGAUUUCCAGGAGACUCACUGGCGUAUCGCCAAUCUGAUUGCCAACUUCAUCGAAGAGUUUAUCAUCGUAGCUCAAAUGCUAACUAUCAUCGGUCACUCAUCAAUGCUACCGAUAGUGGAACAUUCCUCCUAUGCAGACAACUUGAUAAAUCCUUGGAAACUGGAUCCAAACACACUCAAAUUAGCGCUGCGAGGUAAUCUGCCUUACGAACCAGAAUUAUUGCAGCCGCAGACGAAAUUGCUUGGAUUUGUUCUGGAGCAACCGUAUUCGCGCGAUAUGGUCUGCUCGAUGCUGAACCUCCAGAAGCAACACAAGCAGAAAUGUGUUGCACUGGAAGAUCAACUCGUUUGGUUAGUGAUUUGCGCAAUGGAAUGCUCGGAAAAAGAACCAGUUCAUCCAGUGGACGGAGAUGACAUGAUUUCGAGUCAUACGCAGUGGGUGUGGCUGCAUCUGAGCUCUCAGUUGAUCUAUUUUGUGCUGUUCCAGUUUGCUACCUUCCAGAACAUCGUGAAUUCUCUUCACGAUAAGCUCUCUGUGAGAAAUUUGCGCCGUGGACGGGAUCACUUGAUGUGGGUUCUGUUGCAGUAUAUUUCUGGCAGUAUUCAGCGGAACUCUAUUUCUAAUUUUCUGCCCAUUUUGAAGUUAUACGAUAUUUUGUAUCCAGAAAAGGAACCAUUACCGGUGCCAGAUUAUAACAGACCGUACUGCACCCAUCAAAUGGCACCGACAUGCAUUUGGAUUCAUCUGCUAAAGCGAGCCCAGUCAGAGCAUUACAAUAUAAACCGACCGAUCCCAACGGCUUUGAAGUUGCAUCACGAAUUUCUUCAGCAUUUGGUCAUGCCAAACAACAACGCUACACUUUGCAUGGGUUCUGACUAUCGGAUUGCUUUGCUGUGUAAUGCCUAUUCGACAAAUCAGGAACUUUUUUCCCGUCCAAUGGCAGCCUUGAUUGAGACCAUUCUGGGCAAUCCGAAGAAUCAAUCCGGAGCCGGAGGAACAAGUGCCGGAACCAGUGCAGGGCAGCAAUUGCCGACAGUACCGCUUUCGAUGUGUGUUCUGGACAGUUUAACUAUCCACAGCAAAAUGUCGCUGAUUCACAGCAUUGUUACCCAUAUGAUCAAACAGGCACAGAACAAGAGUACAAUUCCGAAUGCGAACAAUAUGGCACCGGCUCUGGUGGAAACCUAUUCUCGAUUGCUCGUGUACACGGAGAUUGAAUCGCUGGGAAUUAAAGGGUUUUUAAGUCAGCUACUUCCUCAAGUAUUUAAAUACCACGCUUGGGGUAUACUAUACACGUUACUGGAAAUGUUUUCCUACAGAAUGCAUCACAUCCAACCACACUAUCGCGUACAAUUACUCUCUCAUCUGCAUUCGUUGGCUUCUGUACCGCACACAAACCAGAUGCAGCUGCACUCCUGUGUUGAAUCAACCGCACUUCGUCUCAUCACCGGUUUGGGCUCGGUUGAAGUUCAAGCGCAACUAUCGCGUUACGUUAACGAACCGAAAACACCUGGCAACAUAGUUUCGGCCGAAAGUGAAGAACUUAAUCGGGCUCUCAUUCUAACACUGGCCCGUUCCAUGCAAAUCACUGGCACCGGUAAUGAUCCUCAAUCGAGCACUUGGUGUAAGGAUCUUCUAGCUAGUAUUUUGCAAAACACUCCCCACUCUUGGUCGCAGCAUACACUUUCUUGCUUCCCAUCGGUGCUGAAUGAUUUCUUCGUACAGCACAGCAUUCCGAAGGAGAACAAACAGCUGCUGAAAAAGUCAGUCGACGAGGAGUACCGUAACUGGGCGUCGAUGUCCAACGAGAACGAUAUAAUUGGCCACUUCGGGACGGCCGGUACGCCUCCGCUGUUUUUGUGCUUGCUGUUUAAGAUGAUCGUCGAGAUGGAUACGAUCAGUCCGGUGGCUUACAAAAUCCUGGAACGCAUUGGAGCUCGCGCCCUGUCCGCCCAUCUGCGUAAGCUAUGCGAUUACCUCGUUUUUGAGGUUUCAAACGCCGGGGCAAGCGCCCACGUUAAUAAAUGCGUCGACACAAUCAACGAUAUGAUCUGGAAGUACAACAUCAUCACGAUUGACCGGUUGGUGCUGUGUUUGACGCUGCGAACUCUCGACGGAAAUGAAGCUCAGGUGAGCUUCUGUAUCAUCCAACUGCUGCUGCUGAAAACAUCGGAGUUUAGAAGUCGCCUCCAGGAGUUCGUUAGCAUCAACUCGCCGGAACAUUGGAAGCAGAACAACUGGCACGAGCGCCAUCUGGCGUUCCACCAGAAAUUUCCGGAAAAGUUUGCACCCGAUGAGUCCGUUUCGAACCCGUCUUUGCCGGUUUAUUUCGGAAACGUUUGCUUGCGUUUCCUUCCCGUUUUGGAUAUCACCAUUCAUCGGUAUUUGGAGGUACCUCCAACUAUGAGCAAGACGCUGGACGUUUUACUGGACCACCUGGGGUCACUGUACAAGUUUCACGAUAGACCAAUAACGUAUCUGUACAAUACGUUACAUUACUACGAGAGAAGGUUGCGCGACAGACCGCAGCUCAAAAAACGAUUGGUCGGUACCGUAAUCGGUUCACUUAAAGAUGUGCGCCCAGAUAAUUGGGCCCUAACGGAGCAGUAUCAAUCGUAUAUGCUUAAGAAGGACGAAACCAUCACAUGGAUACCGGAGCUAACCUAUUACAUUCAUUUGGUCCGCCGCAUGCAGGACACAAUUGAUGGCAGUAACGUAUUCUCGGGAACCGAUUGGCGCUUCAACGAAUUUCCAAACCCACCGGCUCACGCGUUGUACGUGAGCUGUGUCGAACUGCUCGGUCUCCCGGUGGUACCACAAACCGUAGCGAACUGUCUCAUCGACGUCGUGGUGAAGGGUUACCCGGUCAUACCGUACCAAAGCGUACACAAUUGGAUCAAUACGAUCGGAUUGAUAAUGGCUGCCCUGCCGGAGUCCUACUGGAGUGUAAUCUACGAACGACUGAGAGAUGUUAUUAGCUCCAGUCAGCUCACGGAGUGGACCUACCGACAGAGUCCGUUCGAUUUGUUCAACUUUAAAAUUGUUACAGAAGCGAUGCUAGAAAGAAGCUACGUGGUUAUACUGGCGAUCGCGCAAAGUAUUUUACAUCACAGCGGAAUUGGGCAAAUUUCCACUGUCACUGACUACAUUAAGGAAAAGUUUAAACCCAUAAUCAAAACUGAGUAUCAACUCAUAUACCUUUGUCAUGUUGUGGGUCCUUUUCUGAAUCGGUUGAGCACCGAGCGACCGCGAGCUGUCUCAGACAUCACUUUGGUUCUAUACGAACUACUCGAGCAGGUGGACAAGGCUCAAUCGUCAGUUCCUCUGAAGUAUAUGGAUCCGAUUUGCGAUCUGCUUUACCACAUCAAGUACAUGUUUGUUGGUGAUCUCAUGAAAUCGGAGCUGGAAACGAUAAUCCGUCGGUUACGCCCGGUGCUGCAAAUGCGAUUACGUUUCAUCACCCGUCUGAACGUCGAUGAAAUUGGUGUCGAUCAGCAGAGCACCGAUUCUGGUACUCAGGCUAGUGUCGGGCAGACAGGCCACACUCAGUCGGCCGCAGUUGGUCCGACUGCUGGGCAACCAGGACAACAUAACAGUGGUAACGCACAGCCAGUAGGAAACAUCCAGCAGCAGCAGCAGCAAAAAUAGUAGUAUAAUCGGUGUACAAUGGGAUACUCUCCAAGCAGCGGGUGCAACUCAUAGUUCAUGCGCGGUCGUCAUUCUCCGUCGUCCGUCUGUACUUCACCGUAGAUAGUCCGCAGCAUCUUCUGUUAGAAAACUCCAAGAGCGACUCGAUCGAAGUGUCUUCCGAAGUUCAAAGUAGGCAGAGACGCAUCCAGUCUGGAUGCGCCUCUGGAUCUCUUCGCUGGUGUUAUUGUCGGCGGUCACCAGUGACCCAAAAUACACGAACUCGUCGACCACCUCAAGCUCAUCGUCGUCUACAGAGAUUUGAGCUUGGAGGCUGAUGUUAUUCUUCUUGGAGCCUCUCGCUCUCUUUUGGAAAUCGCUCCCCUCGUGCCGAUGUUCGCCCUCCGGAUCACCCCUGAAGGACGAUGUUUAACAGAAAACAAGAAAGUUCAUCACCUUGUCUUGACCCUUUGCGCGAUUCAAAGGAGCUUGAGAGUAUUCCCGAAACACGCACGUAGCACAUCACUUGCACCAUGGUGGAACCAUCGAGUCAGUUUAUCCAGAAAUCCGUUGUUAUGUAUGAUCUGCCAUAGCUGUUCUCGAUCAUAGGCCACCGUGAAGUCGAUGAAGAUGUCAUAUGUAGGCACUCUGAUCUGUCGGAUUGAGAAGAUCUGGUCUGUAGUGGCACGGGCACGACGGAACAGGAUCUGUGAGAGUAUCUUGUAAGCGGUGUUGAUAAGCGAAAUAUCGCGGUAGUUGCGGCACUCCAGCUUGUCGCCCUUCUUGUAGAUGAGGCAGACGAUUCGUCGGGCAGUUGUUCCUCCUUCCAAAUCCUGGAAAUGACCCAUUGCAGCGCUCUAGCUAGCGGCUCUCUCCCACGUUUAAAGAGUUCGCUCGGCAGUCCGUCUUUGCCAGUGGCUUUGUUGUUCUUCAGCUUCCCGAUCUGAACAGAGCAGCUACACUGUUCUCGACAUCUUGGUUAGAGUUUGACUGUUAGAGCUGUCAACUUUUUUCUACUGACUACUGGGUUACCAUGAUUGAUAUUGCAUGGGUAGUUUCGUCUGUGCGUGUGAAGGUCAACCCUUUAAUGCAAACUUUAUGUCAAAAAUUAUUAAAAUCAAAGACUAAAGAUAUUGUGUAAUUUCACAAGAAAAUGGGUAACCAUUUUAUUCGACCAUUUUUUGAUCUUUUUUAAACUUUGAAGAACGAAAUUUAUUCAACUUCACUCCAGAAAUUCAUGAACAAUCGUCUAUCAAUCGCCUCAGUUCCAUUGACAGUUUUUCGUUAGGCCCAAAUAAUGUAGUUCCCUUCUGUAAAAC